GCAAUCAUCUAACUUAAUCCUUCUAAAAUAUUGAUAGCAAUCUUUCCCAUUUUUUCUUUUCUGAUGAGUAACUCAAACUAUGUAAUCUCCGAGAAUGUCGGAAAAAAUACUCAUCAUCUUCCUGUUAUGGUUGUCAUGGUUCCUUUACCGUUGCAGGGCCAUCUAAACCAGCUCCUCCACCUCUCUCGCCUACUCUCUGCCUUCAACAUCCCUGUUCACUUCGUUAGCACCGCCACACACAACCGCCAAGCGCAACAUCGCAUUAGUGCCAAAAUUAAAAACCAUCUGAUCCAAUUUCAUGACUUUGACUUACCAAUAUUCCCUUCUCCAAACCCCAAUGCAACCCACAAAUUCCCCUCCCAUCUCGUCCCCAUGGUAAAUGAAGUGUUGGUCCACUUUCCUCGCCCUUUCGCUGCCUUUCUUUCUUCACUUUCCCAAAAAGCAAAACGACUCAUUGUCAUCCAUGAUUCCCUAAUGUCAUCUGUGGUUCAAGUCGUAGACUCCAUUGUCAAUGUCGAAUCAUACCUUUUCCAUAGUGUUUCAGCUUUCGUUACCACUCUCCAUAACUUGGAGCGUAAAGGGAUUGUAGUUGGCGAUGGCGACGACGACGAGGAAGAGUGUGAAAGUAGAACAUUUUACAGAGAGUAUGUUUUGAAGGAAUUGAACACUGCUCGUUCAUGGGAAAGCUGGUUUUCGGUGGAGUUUUGGGAUUUAAUUAAGUCACAGUUUGGUCAGCUACCAAAAAAGACAUGUGGACAAAUAUAUAACACUUGUAGAGUUAUUGAAGGCUCGUCUUUGAAGUUGAUUGAAAGAAUUGAAAGUAAGCUUAAUAACUGGGCAUUAGGUCCUUUCAACCCUGUCAAAAAGUUGAAGAAUGGGGAGAGGUCAUCGUCUAAGCACAGUUGCAUGUCAUGGCUAGAUCAACAAGAACCAAGAUCAGUGAUAUACAUCUCGUUCGGGACAACAACAACAAUGGAAGACAAACAGAUUAAUGAAAUAGCGAUUGGGUUAGCAAGAAGCCACCAAAAGUUCAUAUGGGUCAUUCGAGAUGCUGAUAAAGUCGAUAUCUUUCACGAAGAUAAUAAUAAAAGGUCCAAGCUCCCAGAAGGUUACAAUGACUUAAUUGGUGAUCGAGGGUUGAUAAUAAGAGAGUGGGCACCACAGUUGGAGAUACUAAGCCACUGGGCGACUGGAGGGUUUAUGACGCAUUGUGGAUGGAAUUCGUGCUUGGAGAGCAUAACAAUGGGAGUGCCAAUGGCAGCAUGGCCAAUGCACUCGGACCAGCCAAGGAACAUGGUGCUUGUGACGGAGAUAUUGCGAGUAGGGUUGGUGGUGAAAGACUGGGAGCUAAAGGAGGAGGUGGUGUCGGCAUUGACCGUGGAGGAAACGGUGAGAAGAUUGAUGGUGUCGGAGGAUGGGGCAGAGAUAAGAAUGAAUGCAAUGAGGGUGGGGGAAGCUGUGCGACGGUCGAUAGAAGAUGGUGGAGAUUCUCGCAAAGAGUUGGAGGCUUUUGUUAAUCAUAUUACACGGUAGAUGAAAAAGUUUUUGUUUUCAUAUUAUUUGUUUAUGAUCGUUAUAAAAUAUAUCGUGUUAACUACUUAAUUCAACUAUCCUUCUCUCAUGAAGGAGUAUGCAAUUUUAAAAUUUUGAAGUACCCAUUUCACAAA